AUGUCUGCUGAAUCACCUGUGGAGUUGCCUGUGAUUGCGCCCCUGAAGAAGUGCAUUUGUCAGCUGUGCUCCUGUGGGUGCCACCACUGUCCACACGUGCGCAUCGGGCCCUAUGACAAGAGUGAGAAGCCAUGCAUGCUGUCAGAGUACAGGGAGCAAUACCCCCUUCAUCCCAGCACUGCUCCCAGAGACUCAUUUAAGCCAAAGGAAGCAUGCAAGACGGAGGAUAUUCCCAUGGAAGGCAUCUCGACUAUGAAGAGAGAUUACCUAGCUCAUGAAGUGCUGCCAAAGAAGGUUAAACCACCUGCAGAAUACGUCAAGAGUGAUAAGACUAUGGACUUGGCCUCCACAUAUAAACAAGAUUAUAAUGCCCACUCUAUCUCUCAAGUACCUCCAUGCCUCCCACCUCUGAGGCACAUCCCCAAAGGCAAGAUGGAUACAAGAACCACUUACAAAGAUGACUAUGUGCUGUGGAAGGGACCCAGGACAGAAAUAAUGCGACCAAAUAACAGAUUUUGCCCACCAGAAGAGAAGUUUAAGCACAAAAGCCUUGUCCAGGACGACUAUCGCUACAGGGGGCCAGUCACCACUGAAAGCUGCAGACCCCUGAAUGUGGACCAGAAAAGCAAAGCUCCCUUUCAGGAGAUGACCAAUUAUAAAGUGGCUUACGUGCCACAUCUUCUGGAGAAACGGUAUGCCCGUAAACCUGAGGAAUACAAGGCCAGUGAGGUCCCAUUUGAUGGCCUCACUACCCACAGUGUUUCUUACAAGGGGCUGGCGGGCCAGCCAGCCAAGCCAGUAAAACCAGGCCAGACAAAGCUCCCCGAGAUUCCAUUUUCCUCCAGCACCGAGGUUCAGGACAAUUACCAACCUUGGCCCCGCCUGCCAGUAUUCACCAGAAAACCCGACGUCUACCUUCCUCCUCUGGAGAAAAUGGACCUGCACAGUACUUGCCAGAUAGAUUACAAGCACCUAAAUGGCAAGCCGGCCACAUCUUGUCGACCUUUGGCCAAGCUUAAUAAAAGUGCUGGGCCAUUCAAUAGCUCUUCUGUCAUGAAGGAAGACUAUAAGUCUUGGCUGUGCAAGAAACAAGAACCCAUCACUCAGACUCCACAGCUGACUUUGCCAGACAGACCCAUGGACUGCUUGACGACCUUUCAGGCCAACUAUGUGCCUCAUCCAGCCUCCGUCACGAAGAGCUGUAAACCUGCCUGGUCAGUCCCACAGCAGGGCGCUCCCUUAGAUGCCACAACCACCUAUGCUACCGCCUACACCCCAAAGGGCACUGUUAGAUGCCUGGCCUCCUACAAACACCCACCUGGUUAUGUCUUUGAGACAACCGAUGCUGAUGGUCACCAAGUCUAUCACGCCAUUUCCAAGAGUGAGUGCAUGCAAAGCCGAGACUGA